CGGGAUGCCGGUCGUGCACCCUCGUGACGUUCACUAUCACCGGGAUGAUCGGUGAAUCGAGUGUUACGGAUAUGAAGUCCGCGUGGAUCAUAAUCACACUAACUAUUGCCGGAUGUGCAUUUACGGAGAUUCUACCCACAGCCGAAGGACCAACAUUCGUUCGUGCAAUAUCUAACGUAACGGCCCCGGUGGGAAGAGACGCUGUGCUUGAAUGUGUAGUGGAGCACCUCUCAAACUACAAGGUCGCGUGGCUGCAAGUCAACACUCAGACAAUCCUGACAAUAGCCAUUCACGUAAUUACAAAGAAUCACAGAAUAGCAGUGACACACAGUGAUCAUAGGGCUUGGUACUUGCAUAUAAAGGACGUCAAGGAGAGCGAUCAAGGGGAUUACAUGUGUCAAAUUAAUACUGAUCCAAUGUUGAGUCAAGUUGGGCAUCUAAAAGUCGUUGUGCCCCCUGACAUUCUCGAUUAUCCAACCAGCACUGAUAUGGUUGUGAGAGAGGGUAGCAACGUAAGCCUGCGUUGUGAAGCAACUGGAUCCCCAGCGCCCAAUAUCAUUUGGAAACGUGAAUCCGGCGAAAAGAUAGCACUUGCUACUGAUGAGGAAGUUUCGAGUGUGAACGGACCAUUUCUAAACAUCACAAGGGUGAAUCGUCUCCACAUGGGUGCUUACCUCUGCAUAGCCUCCAACGGCGUGCCCCCAACAGUCAGCAAAAGAAUAAUGCUCAUCGUUCACUUUCAACCCGAGAUCAUGAUUCAGAAUCAAUUGGUGGGGGCGGAGGAAGGCUCACAAACCACUCUAGAGUGUCGCUUUGAGGCGUUUCCGAAGUCAAUUAAUUACUGGAUGCGGGAGAAUAAUGAUAUUAUAUCGAAUGGGGAGAAAUAUGAAGCCUCGAUGUCAGACAAUCUCCACGUAGAUGCAUACAAAGUGCAUAUGAAUCUUACGAUAAAAGAAAUUGGACCGGAUGACUAUGGAUUUUAUAAAUGUUUAGCCAAGAACUCCCUCGGUGGCACCGACGGAAGUAUCAAGUUAUACAAAAUUGACACACCAACGACGAGCCCAACCACAACAACAACAACAACAACAACAACAAGGCCUCCGUCUACAGCAAAAAUUGAGAAUAAAAGAAGAACUCGGCCGAAAUCCGCCCCCACAAUAGCCCCAAGUUUCAAUGAAUUCGUCGAUACAUCGAAGUCCACAGCCAAUGAAAAACGAGGUGCACAAUUGAUGGAGGGGCCCAACACCGACGCAAAAACCGGAAGAAAAAUGAAUGACGAGACAAUGCAGCCCGACAAAACAGCCCAAUCAAUGUCCUCCAAAAGUGCGGCCAUUGUGUCGUUCACGUAUUCGAAUGCAGCUGUAUUUGUGAUACUAUUCACUGCAUUUUUAUGGUGAUUAGCGCGGUGAAGGGGGUGGGAGGUAUUUAGAUUAAUUAUGGGGUUAAGAGGAAUGUGAAAUAAACCCUUAGGAUUUUUUUCCGUUGAUUUUCCAAUGAAAAAAGAUUUCAUUCAUUUGUUCGUGAUCGCAAGAAAAUUCUGAAGGUUCUAAUUAUUUCUUCAUUCCGAGUCGGGGAACAAUAAUUGAGGAGUAUCGAGUCGAUUGAUAAAUUAUGUUGUAUAAAUUAAUUUUAAUUUUACAUCCUAUUCCUCUGGAUUUGAAUUUCUCGACUGAUUCAUCACUGUUGUUAAUUUCGGAAAUUUUGUAAUUCUUUCGUGAAAAUUCACUGAGACGAACAAGAUUAACGCCAAAAUAGGGAAAAACUCGUGAAACAACAAAGACAACAAUUGUCGUAAUAAUAAAACGAAAGUAGUUUGUACAUUCCUCACAAUCAAUCAGCUAACGAUCCUCUGUAAAUACCACGAAAAAACAAAAUUGGAGAAUUAAUUAUAGCCUAGUUAUUAAAUCAAUUUGUAAAUAUUGAAAUCAUCGUCAAGAUAAUUAAUUAACAUUAAUGAAGUUAUCUCAUCCCUCACAGAGUCUCACGUAAAUAAACUGUAAAUAUAAAUCGUGCGUUCUAAUCAAUUGUUAACCUGCGAUUUAUCGUGAGAGAUUCACAUGCCAUUAGUUGAAGUUAUGAAAGUGUCGAUUUUGUAAAUAAUUGGUUGACAUUAAUAUUAAGAGAUUAAUCAAUGAUAAUUGAUGAAUAAUGGAGAUAUUUUUUGUUAUUGACACUUUUUAAAGCUUCAAAUUUUAACGAAUAACACGAAAAUGCACGGAAAUACACAAAACCUUGUUUCUCACUUCGUGUAAUCCAUUUAAUUAAUUAAAUUGGCUUUCAGUGUUCACCAGAAUCACGAAGAAUGGGUGUAAAUAUUGAGAUGAAACGACUGCACUCAGUUUAUCUGAUUAAUUAAAAAUCCUGGACUGGAAUGAAAUGAUUGAGAGGAUUUUUGUAAUUUAAGAGACGGGAAAGACCUUAUUUUCCAAAUAUCUCCUAAACUACUGGAUUUAGAGAAAAUUGUCAGAAAAACUUUUUCGUUGGAAAUUCAAUUCUCUACAGAAAAGACUUUAACACUUUUUUCUCUAAAUCCAACCGCUUCCGAGAUAUUCCCAAAAUAGUCUUGACAAAAUUUUGGAACGUGUCUGCCCAUUCGUUUUUCUAUUCCACUUGAUAAUGGAUGAAUAGUCUACAUGUGUCAACAGAGUUAGUCAUCUCUGUGAAAAAAAUUAUAGAUAAAUUCGUGUGAUAGUCUGCAGCUACGAAAUAAUCGUUUUUUCAUUUAAAAGAAAGAAUGACUGAAAACGGAAAAGAAAUUGUAAAAUAUUUUGAAGAUCGAUGAUGUGCGCUCUGUGUACAUAAAAAAUUAUAAAUACACGUUUAUUUAUUGUAAUGUAUAAAUAAUAACGACUUUAUGUACGAAAACGUAUUUUCGUUAAUUAUUCAA